AUGGCAGCCUCUGAGGAGAAGGAAGGAGAAGACCCUCUGAUACCUGUGGGGAAGCCAGAGGCAGUGGCAGCCCCCAUAUCGAACGAAUACACAGAUUUUGCUGACGUAUUUGAUGAGAAAGAAUCAGACCACUUACCACCACACAGGAAAACUGACUGUGCCAUAGAAAUUGACCCAGGGGCUAAGCUGCCUAAGCCGAAAAUGUACGCCAUGUCAGAAACUGAGAAAAAAGUCCCCAGGGAGUUCAUAGAUAAAAACUUAGCUACAGGGUUUAUCGAACCAGCUAAUUGCCCACUGGCUGCCCCAGUACUUUUCUGGGCAAAGAAGGAUGGCUCCUUGAGGCUAUGUACCAAUUACUGCAGAAUAAAUGCCAUCUCAGUAACCAACCAAUACCCUCUGCCUCUCAUGAAAGAUAUGUUGUCACACCUAUUGAAAGGCAAGGUGUUCACCAAGCUUGAUCUCAGGAAAGACUACUUCAGAAUCCGCAUCAGGGAGGGGGAUGAGUGGAAAACAGCUUUCAAUUGCCUGCUGGGAUCGUACCAGUACAAGGUUCUCCCUUUUCAGUUGGCUGGGGCCCCUGGAGUAUUCAUGCAAUAUAUCAAUGAAGUCCUUCACGAGCAUUUGUGCAAAGGGGUCUUGGUGUAUUUAGACGAUAUUCUGAUCCACUCUGAAAGCUUAGAAGACCACAUCCCACUGGUUAGGAAUAACCUUGAGGAGCAGGAGGAAGAGCUGAAACCAAGACGAUGGUCAGGUAAAAGAAAUUUGAGUCCGGGGAAGAACUGUAACCCAAAUGAACCAGCCCAUUCAGAACAUCACCAACAGAGAUCCAAACAUAUUUCUACUUGCCAUGGAGAAUGUGAGGAAAGAGAAAAGAAAUCUACAUUUCAGAGUUUUGUAACAAAUUUUUCAAGCAUAUAUGAGUCAGAUUUGUUGCCAGCUUGGAAUGGCGAGGAAUGUACCCAACGGUUUCUUCAUGAAGUGGUGCGUAUUCUCUUGAGUUAUAUCAAAAAGGCCUAUGAUGGAAAGAGCAAAGUACUUGAUUUCCACCACCCCCAUCAGCUUCUGGAAGGGCUAGAAGGCUUCAGUGUGGAACUCUCUGAUCAUCCAGAGCCUCUGGAACAAAUUCUAGUGGACUGUAGGGAUACCUUGAAAUAUGGUGUUAAAACAGGACAUCCUCGUUAUUUCAACCAACUCUCCAGUGGCCUUGACAUUAUAGGACUUGCUGGAGAAUGGCUGACAGCUACUGCAAAUACAAACAUGUUUACAUAUGAAAUAGCACCAGUGUUCAUCAUAAUGGAGGAGAUCCUACUGAAGAAAAUGCAAGAAAUUAUUGGAUGGGAAGAAACAGAGUCAGAUGGUAUAUUUUCUCCAGGGGGAAGCAUAUCAAACCUCUACAGUGUUUUAGUUGCCCGCUAUAGACGUUACCCUGAGAUUAAAACCAAAGGCAUGGCAGCCCUUCCAGAGAUCAUAUUGUUUGUUUCUGAACAUAGUCACUAUUCUAUAAAAAAGGCAGCAGCAGUUGUUGGAAUUGGGAUGGAUAAUGUUACUGCUAUCAAAUGUGAUAAAAGGGGGAAAAUGAUUCCAUCUGAACUGGAGGGAAAUAUUAUCAAAGUCAAGAGACAGGGCAAAAUACCACUGUACGUUAGUGCCACAGCUGGGACAACAGUAUAUGGAGCCUUUGAUCCUCUUGCCAACAUUGCUGACAUUUGUGAAAAAUACAAUCUUUGGAUGCAUGUGGAUGCAGCAUGGGGAGGUGGCUUACUAUUGUCAAGAAAGCAUUCCCAUAAAAUGAGUGGCAUUGAGAGAGCCAAUUCUGUUACCUGGAAUCCUCACAAAUUGAUGGGUGUUCCACUACAGUGCUCAGCGUUUUUAGUCCAUGAAAAGGGUCUUCUCCAAGCCUGUAAUCAGGUCUGUGCUGACUACCUCUUCCAACCAGACAAGGCUUACGAUACCGUUUAUGACACCGGAGACAAGACAAUCCAGUGUGGCCGACAUGUUGAUGUCUUCAAACUGUGGCUAAUGUGGAGAGCUAAAGGCACAGGAGGAUUUGAAAUCCUUAUCAACACAUUUUUGGAUCUUGCAGAAUAUCUUUAUAAGGAACUCAAGAAAAGAAACAACUAUGAGCUGGUUUUUGAUGCUGAGCCUGAACUCAGCAAUGUAUGUUUCUGGUAUAUCCCACCAAGUCUUCGGCAUAUCCCAAAGGGACCAGACAGAGAGAAAAGACUUCAUCAGGUUGCUCCAAAAAUAAAAGCAAGGAUGGUUGAAGAAGGCACUACAAUGGUUAGCUACCAACCUUUGGGAGACAAUGUGAAUUUUUUUCGAAUGGUCUUCUCUAACCCAGCAACCAAGAGAUCAGAUGUUGAUUUCCUUUUGGAAGAGAUUGAAAGGCUUGGGAAGGAUUUGUGAUAAUCUGAAAAAUGUCUUAUUGGUAUAGUGGGGAUUCUCUACAGCAGUGUUUCUCA